GCAACAGAACACAGCCUGUCUGUGGAGAUAAUAGAGCUGGGUCCUCCUCUCUGAGCAGCCCUGAGCUGUCAGCAGAGUAGUUGCUCACUUUGAUGGAGGACAACCUGCUGCAGACUUUCAAGGUUGCGGUUGUUCCUGCCAGGUUCACAGAGCCAAUGGAGGGGAAGCAGCAGUCGUCAGGAGAUCUUCACUUUGUGGGCAGGAGGGAUGAACUUAUUGAAGCAAAGCGCUCAUGCAGAACAAUAGACGAUCGAGAUAUACUGAUUGUCUACCAUCAGGGUGCCUUCUAUGCAAUGGACUCUUAUUGUUAUCAUGCUGGAGGGAAGCUGCAGAACGGGGAUAUUGAGGACAUUAAUGGCAAGCUGUGCAUAAUUUGUCCAAAGCACAAGUACAAGAUCUCUUUAGCCGAAGGUGAGGGCUUCUACAAGGGCACAGACACCAGGAAAAAGCCACCUGUGCGCACAUGGUUCUCCAAGGGCGUGAAGCAGCGGACCCACACGGUGACAGAGACCAACGGGGAAAUCUAUGUCAGGCUGUCAGGCCACGCAGGCUGGAUCGACUCAGACUACUACCAAGGAGAACUAGGCAAGGAGCAGAGAGCCAAAGCUGAUGCAACCGAAGAGGAAACACCCGAGACAGACAGUGACGAAUGAAGACUGCAUCUCAUUAGUCUCUUUCUGUCCAAUCUUAUCUCCUGCACAUAACCAAGAUGACGUGAGCUCUGAGUGCAUGGAGAUUUAUAAUUAAGAAACUAAAAUGGCAUGGUUUAAAUAUUUUACUCAAGGUUUGAUCACCUAUUUUCCAUUUUAUGUCAACCUUUCUUCAUUUCCUUCUUCUUUGUGGGUGAAUUUUGAUUCAUUUCUCUGUUUUUGAGACAGAAAGUUGCAUAAGACAGGCAGAUGUGUGCAAAUGUGUGCAGAUGUGGGCAGAUGUGUGCCCGGUCAUAUCCACAGCAUCCUCCUCUCAUUCAUCAUGGAUUAAUCAAUAUGUCAUAAAGGUUUAUAUUUAUCACUGAAGUUCUGAAGUGGAAAACUGCCUAUGUAAAAUAAAUACAAUUACAAAAUAAAAAAAGAUUGUUUUACAAGA